AUGGACAAGGGAAGGCGAUUGGUGAGCAAGUCCCAUGGGUAUGGCCGGAUCAUUGUGAUUUGGCCUGCCCUAGUCUGCUUCUUCCAGGUCUGGAGGCGUGAACUUGCGCCUGCGGCCACUGAUUCGGGUCGUGGCUUCGUUUUCAGACAGGUUUCGUCAUCGCUUGUUCAGCGGGACAUUGAAGCUCGGAGUGCAAAACUCGCAUGCCGGGCACGGAAAGCGGCCGCUGCGGCCAAAGCUGCUGACACGGCCGAAGAAGAUUCAAAGCCAAAGAAGAAACGAAGAGGCAAAGCGAAGCCAAAGCCGUCCGAUGCCGAGACGGCAGACGGCGCAGCGAGCGCUUGGGAGAAGAAGCGGGACCAGAUGCUACUGGCCGCGGUUCGCAUCACGAGCCAUGGGGGAGCCCAGGGCUCGGGAUUUGUGAUAUCCGCCUCGGCGAACGGGACCUUUGUCCUGACGAAUCACCAUGUCAUCCGAGACAGCAUCCAUCAACAUGAUCGCUGGGAUCCUGUGUCAGAGUCCUCCAAGAAGGUAGACCGUUUCAUGCCCGUGACGGUGGAGAGCUUCGACUACGACGAGCGAGGACGGCAUUUGCGGACUGUGCAAUCAGCCGCGGACAUUGUUGCUUACUCCAUGUAUGGUGACAAGUGGUCCUUCGAGGGCGACUUGGCAUUGGUGAAGCUGAAAGCUCCCAUCACCAAUCCAGCGGCAACUGUCAUCGAUGAGGGCGACUUCGACGAGGUGCGCGCCCUGGAUGAGAUCAUCAUGUUCGGCUGUCCUGACGCAUCCGAGCUCCCGUUGCCCACGACUGGUCACGUUGCAUCCUUGUCGGAACAAAAAGCCGGCAUCGGCUUGAUGCUGUCGCAGGUUUUCGGAAACCCUGGAAGUUCCGGAAGCGCAGUCUUUCGCUACUCUGACAAGCGGUCGAGAUACGAGGUAAUUGCAAUACAUUCCCUCACAGAUUCUCGUGGCAAACUGACAGAUGUGGGUCGAGGUUACUUCCUGCGCUUGGCUAUCCAAGCACCCGAAAUUCACAAGUUUCUGAGGUUGCACAAUAUGGGCCAUCUUCUCGGGCUGGAGGCUGGCCAAAGCAACGAAAGCCAGGACACAUGCCUAGCAAGGACAUCCUUCCACACGCAAGGGAUUGCAGAAAUAGAGUGGGUGGCCUGCAUGGCAGCCCAAGAGCAGGAUGCUGCCUGCCCGAGCGUCUGGUACGCGCGCGUCAAAUGGGGAAUGCUCAUUUUCUGGAUCUUCUUCACAGGAAUAGACCUAUGGAUGUGGCAUUGGAACCAAUCACCGCUCUGGUUGCUGGCUUGCCUGGCGGUGACGAACGGAUGGGGUUGGCUGGAUGCCGUCCUGCGAUAUCCUGUCCUCCAUGACAUCGACAGCCCAUUCACGCUGAAGAAUCUACUCUUGAUUUUGGCGAAGAUCUGUUGGCUCAUCACGGUUUUCCUGCGGCACAAGUCACACCCGGUCUCUUUUGUCUUGUGUUCCAUGCUUGCGAUCGUGGUGCCGAUGUUUUACGCGAUGCUGCUGCCACUUGAUGAGACCGAGCAGGUGUACAACCUGAUAAAGUCCAUGUAUACGGACGAGGACAUCCUCGUGCGCUGCUGGCGCUUCUUAAGGAAUCCCCGGCAAACGAUGGAGGCCUGGAACAGGCAGCGCCACAGAAUAAUCAAACGAGGCUGCGAGGAGAUCGCCGAGCGAACCCCGACGGUUGCCGCGAAGCUCGGAGAGUCUCUAGCCCGGAUCAGUCGUGCAAGGGGAGCUGCAAGCAUCUGCGGGCGGCUUGAGCUUUCUUUCAGUUUCUGCCCUUGUCAAGGCUGA